AAUGGAGUCUCAGAUCAAGCAUGCUGUUGUUAUCAAGUGCAUGGGCCGCACAGGAUCAAGGGGGCAGGUCACUCAGGUCAGAGUUAAGUUCAUCGAUGACCAAAACCGUUUCAUCAUGAGGAACGUCAAGGGACCUGUCAGAGAGGGCGACAUUCUCACCCUCCUCGAGUCUGAGAGAGAAGCAAGGAGACUUCGGUGAAGUACCCAUUCUCAGUUUUUUGGCGCCUCAUUUAGGUUGAAGACUUUGUUUUUUUGAAUUGUUCUUAUUAGUAGUAUGAAGUUGAGGCUACAAGACUUGUUAUGUUUAGCAUGAUUAUAUACUCUGCCAGUAGGCAUUUAUCCUAAAACAGAUUGAUGUUUGUGUGGAACGACAAGUUUGAUUUCGUUAUGUGUUUGAUGAUAUCCCCCGAGUCUUUAAUCCUUGAUUGUGUUGGUUUAA